UGUGUGAGUGUGUGUGUGUGUGUUGUGAACCUGGCUGCGUACCCAAAAACAAAACAAAACAGAACAAAAAACCCCAGAGACGGACGUUUACGAGUGUGUAUAAUUCUAUAAAUCGUAUUUGUAUUUUUGAUGGAUGUGUGUGUGUGGGGGAGGAAACCCGCAGGAGCCAACAGGAGGAGCGGCGUGGACGCACGUGAAUCUCUCACCCCUCCGGAGCCAGGACACAGAUAGGAGUGCGGCAAAAAUUGGACUUUCCACCAUCAGCAACCCUGCUCUCCUCUCGCUCCAUCCUUGCUUCCUUAGAAACCCCCUCCUCCUCCUCCCAUAUACUCCCAGAAAAGCCUCCCAACGUGCGGCGAGGGAGGGGGGCGGAGGGGGGGUCUGGAUUUCGGGGUGCCCUCGGAGGGGAACCUUGGAGAUGGAUUAAAGGGACGGCGCGUCGCCAAACUGGAGCAGCACGCAAGAGCACGCCGGGGGGGAAGGGGGCGACGGGACUCGCUGAAUUCGCGGAGCCACCGGGAGAGAGGUUGUGACUGGUCCCACCCCAAGAUGACAUCUCCUAAAGCCAAAGCUAAGAAGAAACCACCUAAAGACAGCAUGACACUGCUGCCAUGUUUUUAUUUUGUGGAGCUUCCCAUCGUCCUGUCCUCCUUGGUGUCCCUGUACUUCCUGGAGUUGACCGACGUCUUGUCCCCGGCGAAGGUGGGCUUUCGUUGCUAUGACCGGGACCUCUCCAUGCCCUACCUGGAGACGGGUGAUGAGCUCAUCCCUCUGCUGAUGUUGUUAAGUUUAGCGUUUGCUGGUCCAGCAGCUUCUAUAAUGUUGGGAGAGGCGCUGAUGUAUUGCAUGCAGUCCAAACUGAAGACUUGUCCCAAGUCGGAGGGCAGCAUCACAGCUGGAGGGUGCAGCUUCAACUCCUUCUUACGCAGGACUGUGCGCUUUGUGGGUGUUCACGUGUUCGGUCUCCUGGCAACUGCUCUGGUGACAGAUGUCAUCCAGUUAGCGACCGGUUACCACACCCCGUUUUUCCUCACCGUGUGCCAGCCCAAUUACACCGCCCCCGGAGUGUCCUGUGACAACAACGCUUACGUCACACAUGACAUCUGCAUGGGAAAAGACCAGUACGCCAUAUUGUCAGCCAGGAAAACCUUUCCAUCCCAGCAUGCAACACUGUCUGGAUUUGCUGCAGUUUAUAUUUCU